ACAACAUUAAGCGAUAAUAUCAUGUCAGAUUAUUCUCCAAAUUCACCCCAUUCUUUUAGCAUGAAAUAUGAGUAUCUGUCAAAUAUAUGUAAAUAACGAAGAGUUCCCUUCUCCGCUCUCUCUUUGAACCAGACAUCCUUAAAACUAAUUGGCAUGAGAGAAUAUUCCAGUAAUGACAUGUGACCACGUUUGUAGUCAGGACCAAAGGAAAACCUUUGGAUAAGCCUGUUUUCUUUCAGAUAUAUGGAAGAAAACGAAGACAAUUUGGAGGAUGGAUUCUUUAACAAUGCGUCGCCCCCUCGAAAUUGGAAAGAAGAUGUUGCCGGUAAUAGCCAAAGAAUCAACCAGGGUUCACAAACUAGCACUUCAUUUACCUACAGGAUCAUCAUCCCCUUUUAUUGCCAGACUAUUGUCAACCCUCUCCUCUAACCCAAAUCCAAGCAAAAACCCACCUCGUACUUCCACUGCUGAAGCUAACAAAACCUUUCUUCCCACAAAUGUUCCAUCUUUGCCACAGUCAUUCGCUCAUCAAACUCUUUUGCAUAGCUCCCUAUCCUCUCAACUUAAGUCACCGCCGAAUCUUUCUGAAGCCAAAAGGUUACAUGCUAUUUUGAUUGUCAAUGGAUUCUUAAACUCCGUCUAUGCUGAUAAGUUCCUUGGUUCACAGCUUGUUACUGUUUAUGUUACCUUUGGCUUCUUACAAGAUGCACUGGUUGUGUUUGAUAAGUUGCCCCAAAGGACUAAUCUUGCAUGGAAUGCAAUCCUGAGAGGCUUUCUUGACGUGGGUCGCUUUUCCAGGGCAAUUCAGUUCUUUCACUUGAUGGUUAGUCAAGGACUGAUUCCUGAUAAUUUCACUUACCCACUUGUUUUCAAGGCUUGUACUGAGUUGAAUGAUCUUGAAGAAGGUAAGAAGCUUCGAGAUUUUAUUCUGUGGAAUGAGAGUCACUAUGAUAUGAAACACAAUGUUUAUGUUGAAUGUGCCAUGAUGGAUAUGUUUGCCAAGUGUGGCAGUCUAAGUGAAGCCCGAAAGAUUUUUGAAGGAAUAAGAGAGAAAGAUUUAGCAUGCUGGAGUGCGCUGAUCUGUGGGAAUGUGCAGAGUGGAGAGUGGCUCGAGGCGUUGUCUCUAUUUAAAAGGAUGGUAUUAGAGGGCCUAAGACCUGAUUCAGUAAUUAUGGCUGCCAUUCUUCCAGCUUGCGGCCGACUGGAAGAUAUGGAAAUGGGACCGACCCUUCACGGAUGUGCUAUAAGGUGUGGUUUUAACAGUGAUUUGUAUGUCUCUAAUGCUCUGAUGGAUAUGUAUUGCAAAUGCAGUGCCACUCAUUUUGCCUACUCUUUAUUUUCUAACAUGGACAAUAAGGAUGCAGUCUCUUGGAGUACCUUGAUUGCUGGUUAUUCACAGAAUUGCCAGUACCUUGAGAGUUUGCAGCUGUAUCUCAUGAUGAAUGAUGCAGAAAUAAGAACGAAUGCAGUUAUUGCUGCAACUGUUCUUCCCGUAUUGUCCAAGCUCAAACUGUUGAAGCACGGAAAGGAGAUGCAUGGUUACAUCCUAAAACAAGGGUUUGAAUCUGAUGUUGUUGUUGGAGCUGCACUGAUUGAAUUUUAUGCCAAUUGUAAGUCAAUGAUUAAAGCAGAGCAUGUUUUUAGGUUAAUGUCAGAUAGGGACAUUACAUUAUGGAAUUCAAUAGUCGUUGGAUAUUCUUUAAAUGGUGAGAUUGAUUUAGCAUUUCAGAUUUUUCAGAGAAUAUGGGAUUUCAAUCUCAAACCAAAUUCGAUAACCCUGGUCAGCAUUCUUCCAAUUUGCUCAAAGAUUGGAGCUCUGAGAUAUGGGAAAGAAAUUCAUGCCUUUGCAACCAGAAGUGGUCUUGGAACAGCAGUUUCUGUUGGAAAUGCUCUAAUAGAUAUGUACUGCAAAUGUGGGAGUCUUGAACUUGCAGUAAGAGUUUUCAAUCAGGUGAAGGAAAGGAAUAUAGUGACAUACAACACAAUAAUCUCUGCUCAUGGGAUUUAUGGACUUGGAGAACAUGUUUUUCAGUUCUUUGAGGAAAUGAAGGAGGCAAGAAUUAAACCCAAUAAAGUCACAUUUAUCGCGCUCUUGACAGCUUGCAGUCAUUGUGGUCUUGUUGAUAGAGGCUGGUCAAUGUGUCAUGCUAUGGUGUAUGAUUACAAUAUUCCACUAGACAUGGAACAUUACUCGUGCAUUGUGGACCUUCUUGGUAGAGCAGGGCACCUUGAUGAUGCAUAUGAUCUUAUAAAAAAAAUGCCAGUGGAACCUGACAUGAACAUUUUGGGAAGCUUGCUUGGUGCCUGCAGAGUUCAUAAUAGGGUUGACCUGGCUGAGUGUUUAGAGAAGCAUAUUCUAGAGAAAAAUCAGAAAGAUUCAGGCCAUUAUGCUCUGUUAUCCAAUAUAUAUUCUUCCACAGGAAGAUGGAAAGAUGCCCUGAAGGUCAGAACAAUGAUAAAAGAGAAGCGUCUGCCAAAGAGACCUGGAAGUAGCUGGAUUGAGGUAGGUUCUAGAAUGUAUAUGUUCCAUGCUACGCAGUCCGAAUUAGGUAAGAUUCAAGACAUUUUGCAAAAGCUAUUGUUGGGGAUGAGGAAUGAAGGAUAUAUGCCUGAUCCAAGUUUCCCAUCUGAUGAUCUUCAGUAUGACGUUAAUGAUUUGACAAAUUUUGAUGCUAGCUGAAAUUGUUAACAA